AAGACCAAAUGAAACAGCGAAGAGAGGAGGCUGUUUCCAUCACUGCUGACUGCCAGCCAAUCAGAGCGCAGCAAUAAUGGCAGAGGGAGAGAGGAGGAGGAGGAAGCAUCUGGAUGUUGAAUCUUUUUAUAGAUGGAAGAAGAAAGUUUGUUAGAUGAGACGGGAGGAAGACGGAUGCAGAGGGACUACAGGUGGAUGAAACUGAAGGAACAGCCUCAAAGGCAGGAGGACAGGCGAAGGAGAAACCAGUCCAAAAGAGGAGAUGAAGGGAUGAAGAUGGAGGAAAAUACGCUGAUUUGAAACCAGUGAAAUGAAAGUGCAGAAAUAAAACAGAUGAACAAGAAGGAGCAGACUAAUUGCUGGAGAGGAAACGUUUCCUGUUUUUGGCUGAGAGGAGAGACAGCACCAAACCACAGGCAGACUGAUGAUGGCCAGAGAGGAACAUCUAAAACAACCUGAUGGAGUUGGUGAAACAUCUGAGACUGAAGCCAAACUGAGGAACUACCUGACAGCGGUAUCAGCGAGAUGUUAAGUAUAGGCCAACUCCUGUGGUCCGACUCUCCAUUAUGAAAAAUGUGACACCUAGCAGUCCCCCCAGUCUGACUUACCUGAUGGACUACAACUACCUAGCCCUGGUUCUUGGCAUCGUGUUGAUCCUCGUCAUCAUCCUGGGAAACAUCCUAGUGUGUCUGAGCGUGCUCACUGAGCGCUCACUGAAGACCGCCACCAAUUACUUCAUCAUCAGCCUGGCGGUGGCCGACCUGCUGCUGGCUGUGCUUGUGCUGCCGCUCUACGUCUACUCUGAGUUCCUUGGAGGAAUCUGGACUCUGAGCACCUCCAUCUGUGACGCUCUGAUGACCAUGGAUGUAAUGCUCUGCACCGCCUCAAUCCUGAACCUCUGUGCCAUCAGCGUGGACCGGUACAUCGCUGUGGUGGUGCCCCUAAAAUACAACCGGAACCAGUUUAGUGUUCGCCAACUAGCUCUCAUCACUGCAACCUGGGUCCUGUCUCUGGGCGUAGCGAGUCCAGUCAUCUUUGGUCUGAACCAGGUGCCGAAUCGGGAUCCAACGGUGUGCAAGCUGGAGGAUGAUCGCUUUGUGGUGUACUCGUCAGUCUGCUCCUUUUUCGUGCCAUGUCCAGUCAUGCUGUUCCUCUAUUACUGGAUGUUCCGUGGCCUGCAGCGCUGGAGCAGUCGGAGCCGGUCUCAGGCUCAUCGGGUUGGUCACAGAGGUUUCUCUUUGCAUCUCGGCUCAACUCUGCGUAGAGCUAAAGAUACAACCCCUGGCAGCCAAAACAAGGUUGUUUUUACAGCGUCUCCCAUAAGCCCAACCUCUCCAUCUAAGUUCUCAAUGGCAACACCUUGUGCCACCCCGCUUGGAGAGGAAAACCAGGAUAGGACAGUGAUGGCUGCUGAUAGCGACCCAAUGACCCCUCAGAUGGACAGCGCGUCGGAGGGCGAGCCCACAGGGGGCAGGGAGCGAGGCAGCCGCUUAGAGAACAGUCUGAAAAGCAGCGUCACAAAGAGAGGACGGAGGACCAGCAAGACCAGUAGGGUCAGUGGGAGGGAGCGCAAGGCCAUGAAAGUCCUACCGGUCGUUGUUGGUGUGUUUCUGGCCUGCUGGACGCCGUUCUUCACCGUCCACGUCACCAAGGUGUUAUGCCGCUCCUGUGACAUCGGCCCCACUCUCAUUUCUGUGGUCACAUGGCUCGGCUACGUUAACAGCGCCGUUAACCCAAUCAUCUACACAGUCUUUAACGCAGAGUUCAGGAACGUCUUUCACAAGCUGCUCUGCUGCCAGACGUGACCCUUAAAGCACCGUCUCCGAGCUCACAAGUUCUCCAGAACAUCCUGAUAGGCUCCAGAAGACCUCUGAAGUCAAACUGUCUCUUAUUUCAGCGUGUCAGUCUGGUUCUUAGAGCGGCUUAGAGGCAUCGAAUAUCAGCCAGAUGUUCUGUAAUAUCUGAGUAGUUAUACAUAUGUGUAUUUUAAAGCUGUUGCAGGUCAGUGUGGACUUAUUUGAUGCUUUUUUUUUCCUUUAUUACAUUUUUAUGACACAAAUGAUCAAAAUGGAGCAAAACUGAAUGUUUUAAUGAAGGUUUGGUGAUUUGUAGAUUUUGAAUCUGUGAAAUGGACAUCAUGAGAUGUAGCUGAAAUGGAUGUCCUCCUUCUGGACUACUGAGACAAUAAAGUAGUGAAGGACACAUCA